UCUAUCUCCUUUGUCUGAUUCACUAGUGAUUCUCUCAUGUGCGCUGUCGUUCUGUCGCCUUGAACAAUUCGUCUUCGAACAAAAAGAAAACAAAUCGCCAGAAACGAAGAACAGCGCGCUGGUUCGCCCUUGUUCGUGAAGACCAACGCAUCUGGGCCACCCACCUCCCUCCUUUAUACUGUUGGUUCCUCGCCUUUGGCGGGACCAAGUGCAAUCGUGCUCGACCUGCAUAUUGAUCGAACCAACCUCAAUCUACCUAGUACUAGGAAACGAUACGCACGGGCAUAGCCCAUACCACCAACCUCACAACUCCGCACGCCAUCUCAUCAGAUCCAAACAGCAAGAGGACACCGCAAAAUGCUACGGCCAUCAACACCAUCAGUGGGCCUACUGCUACUCACACUCAUAACCUCGACAACAUCGUCCGCCAUACCGGGGGCAUCGCUCUUUGCUCGUCAACAGAGCUGCUCAGCCGAUGGCUUCGAGUCAUGCGGCAACGACUUCCCAGAUUACUUCUGCUGCCAAGAAAACACGAAAUGUCUCUCGCUCGCCGGCGGCACUACCGCCCUCUGCUGUCCCGAGGGCAGUAAUUGCGAAGGCAUGGCGCCCAUUACUUGCAACCUUAGCGGGCAGGACGCGGAAAAGGACUUUCGCAUCCCCCUCAAGACGACCGUCUUCGAUGUGCCGCUGGAGAAGUGCGGUGAUAACCACUGCUGUCCGUACGGCUUCAGCUGCGAAAAAGGGGACGACGGCAAUGAAUGUCGGAUGAACAAGGACCAGUCGGAAAAGCCCAAGAAGAAGCAGCAAGACGACGACAAAAGCUCCUCCACAACAACAGGAGCCACAUCACCAACUGCCGACCCAACUUCAGAGCCUACAGACACCAAAACUGCGUCUUCAAAGCCGACCUCAACCAGUGACGAGGCAGAGGAGGGCAACGACAAAAAGGACGGCGGCCCGGACAUCACCGCCAUAGUCGGCGGUGUCGUGGGCGCCUGUGGCAUCCUCGUCAUCCUAGCCGUCAUCCUCUUCAUCUGCGUCCGCCGAAAUGCCAAGCGCAACCGCAAGCCUUCCCCAUCCGCAUCCAAACCAGCCAUGGCCGCCUCCACCCUGGCGGCCCCAUCAUCGAAAGGAGGCCACAGCCGGCAGCCCUCCAACAUGAGCACCACGCAGCCCAUCAACCCUCGCUUCAUCAGCUACCCAAAGCGCGACUCGUUCGAGGACAUUCCCAUCUGCACACCCCGUAAGGCGCCACGCGUCGACGGCCUCGGUCUCCUCGGCCGGUCCGUGUCUGGCCGCAGCCUCACGAAUCCUCAUCAUCGUGAUGACCACCACCACCAAGAGAGGCGCCACGACUCGAUACCCAACGCCUUCGCCACCGGCUCGCCCACCCCGUCCAUCAGCGACACCCUACCGAGGACGCCCUCCAACGCAUCCACCGCCUCCAAACCCAUCCGCACGGGCACAGUCUCCUCCUCCAAGCUCGCUCCUAUCCGCUCCAUGCGGCCCACCGCGUCGCGCCACCUCCACCCCGAGACCGCGAGGCACAUUAUGCUCACCACGCCCAACCACUCCACUGAGAGCAUCAAUGUCUUUACCGAUCCGCGUUUUGUUGUGCAGGACGCCUCCGCGGAGGACAGGCGGACGCGCUUCUCGGAUCUGAUGCAUCAGGCUGACCUCGAGGGGGUCGGGAGUGAGAGGUCCUAUGUCCCCACAACCCGCACGCCCAAAAGGAUAUGAAGCUACUCUGGUUAGCAGCUUUCCCCCCUUUUCUUGUUCUGUUGCACAAGGUAUACCAUAUAGACGCAUGUAAUGCUGGUUCACGGUGGGGAAAUAUUUACAUGGUACCUAGGCGUUGGUGGUUUCUCCUGAUUUUAGACCAAUGAAUUCAAGGUUUAUGUACAUCACCUCCUUUUCUCCGAUU